AACAGGAACACAGCCCAGCUGUGAAAAACAAAAACCCAGGAAAACAGCAACGAACCGCCAGACCUAACGCAGCCCAACACAACCAAGGGACCUCUUUUGCCAAGGUGGCCCCAGCAGUGGCUUCAAUUCGUUACUCCUCAGAUUUUAGUGCAAGCCCCAGCUAAAUGUUGGGAAUUAAUAAGGGAACAGCUAGAGCUUCGCUUGCUUUGUGCUUCAUGCAGCUGCAACACGAUCGCCCCCAGGAUCAUCUUUCCUCCCCGCAGGCAGGCGAGGUGGAAGCCGCCGUGUGCGGGUUUGGGCAGUAACUCAAUCCUGCAGCCCCAGAUACGCGCUGCUGCCGAGCCGCUGCUGGGAAGAAGCUGCCUCUGAGGGGAACGUGGAGCCCACCACACGCAGGGCUCCCCACGGCCAUGCAGCUGAUGCUCUGCAGGCUCCGGACUCACCAGUGGUGCUUCAUUCUGUUUAACGUCUUGCUUUUCCACAUGCUGCUUUUUGGAGCAGAUUUACUGGAGGAAUACUUCCUGCGGUCAUUACCUCUCUCUUACACUGACGCAAAGACUCUUGAAAUCAGGGAGAAGGCCAGGAAGCUGGAUAUGGACCCUCUAAAGGCCAAUCUCUCCAAGUCUUACACCAUCAGCAGUGCAGCAACAUGCUCAGACCAAGAGAUAUUUUUGCUGGUUCUUGUCUGCAGCAGCCCAGAAAACAGGACAAGGCGCAACGUGAUCAGGCAGACGUGGGGCAACGUGACAGACACCAGAGGUUAUGCUGUCCUUACUUUGUUUGCUUUAGGAAAGCCGGCUUCAGUAGCAGCCCAGCUGGAGAUCAAUGAAGAGUCUCAAAAGCACAGAGACAUUAUUGAAGGCAGCUUCAUCGAUUCGCCCGAGACACAGAUGCAGAAGAUGUUGAUGAUUGUGGAGUGGACAGUAACUUUCUGCCCUCACGCAAGGUAUAUCCUUAAAACAGAUGAAGAAAUGUUUGUCGGUAUUCCAAGUCUGGCUGGAUACCUGCUCAGCUUAACACAGCUAGAGGACGUCUACACCGGGAGGGUCAUUCAUCAAAGAGUGCCUGACAGAGCCCCUCAAAGCCCUGGCUUUGUUCCCAUGCAUCGAUACUCGGAGGAGUUUUACCCAGAUUACUGCGAUGGGAAAGCAUUUGUCAUGUCCCAGGAUGUCGUUCGGAAGGUGUACGUGGCCGCCAAGGAGGUGCCGGUUUCACUGUCCCCUGAUAUCUUUGUCGGAAUCUGUGCUAAAAAAGCUGGCAUCACUCCCAUUCACAGCUCUCGGUUUUCUGGGGAGAAGCACAUCAGCUACAAUCGAUGCUGCUAUAAAUUCAUUUUUACCUCUUCCAAUGUGAAAGGGGAUGAGUUAUUUAAAGAUUGGAAGGAAACAAACGAUGGGGAAGACUGCUCGCUACUGGAAACAUACUAUAGUCUGGUGUCCUGCAAGGUUUUGACCUAUAUUGAUAAAUUCAAACAGUUUAACUUGGAUAGAAUAAAAAAACAGGCUCUUCAUUUCGCCGAUUAAAAUUUUACUUUUGUGAAGGAGGCCUGCAUUUUCUUCCACCAGCCCUUUUACCCUGUACGUAUUCAGUAAUAAUUUCCUCUUCAAGCUAUCUUUUUUCUCUUCAACAGCAAAUAAGUUCUCAAAUGCUGUAGUGUUACAGUAGCAAAAGCAUUGUUUGUAUUCUACUUACACCUGUACAUACCAGUGCAUGCAUGCAAGUAAAAAGUAU